UGUUGCUUUUGCUCAGGCUGGUCUCGAACUCGUGAGCUCAGGCAAUCCACCUGCCUUGGCCUCCCAGAGUGCUAAGGUUACAGGCAUCAACCACUGUGCCUGGUCCCAGGGUUGCCUCUUUCUCUGUGACUUCCACAGCCAAGGUGAACAAUAGUGCUAGGGGCACAGUGGAGACUGGAGAUGAUGGUUGUCCUAUGGCUGCUGCAGCUGUUGUUCCCUAGGACUGUUGAAACCCAUAUUGGCCAGUUAGAAGCAAAUUGACCCAUCAGGUAUUAAGUGAGCACCUACUGCAUGGAGAAGGUACCUGGUGGAAGCAGGGCUGACCUGGCCCUGGCCUUGUGGAGCGUGUGAGCUGGAGGAAGGGACAACCAUGGCAAGACUGCCUGUGGCCAUGAGCCCUCAGUGCUCCUGGGGCUGAGGCUGAGGCUGUGGCUGGCAGCCAUGGGGCUGGGAUGGCUCCAGGCCUGGUUGUUGGGGCUUCCCACAGCUGUGGUCUAUGGCUCCCUGGCCCUCUUCACCUCCAUCCUGCACAAUGUGUUCCUGCUCUACUAUGUGGACACCUUUGUCUCAGUGUACAAGAUCAACAAAACAGCCUUCUGGGUUGGAGAGAUGGUGUUUCUCCUCUGGAACAGCCUCAAUGACCCCCUCUUUGGCUGGCUCAGUGACCGCCAGUUCCUCAGCUCCCAGCCCCGGUCGGGUGCUGGGCUCUCCUCCAGGGCCGUGGUGCUGGCCCGGGUACGGGCACUGAGCUGGCAUGGGCCGCUGCUGGCGCUGUCGUUCCUGGCAUUCUGGGUGCCCUGGGCCCCAGCUGGCCUGCAGUUCUUGCUGUGCCUGUGCCUAUAUGAUGGCUUCCUGACGCUCGUGGACUUGCACCACCAUGCCUUGCUGGCUGACCUGGCCCUCUCAGCCCACGAUCGCACCCAUCUCAACUUCUGCUGCUCCCUCUUCAGCGCGGCUGGCUCACUGUCUGUCUUUGCCUCCUACGCCUUUUGGAACAAAGAGGAUUUCUCCUCCUUCCGCGCCUUCUGUGUGACACUGGCUGCUGGCUCUGGUCUAGGCUUUCUGGGGGCCACUCAAUUACUGAGGCGGCGGCUUGAGGUGGCCAGAAGAGAGCCAGGGUGCUCAGCAUUGGCUGUGGAUGGUGGCCUGUGUGGAGAGGAGCUGCCUGUGGGCAGUGAGGAAGUGGGCAGCAUCACCUUGGGCCAAUACCUCCGGCAGCUGGCACGCCACCGGAACUUCCUGUGGUUCGUGGGCAUGGACCUGGUGCAGGUCUUCCACUGCCAUUUCAAUAGCAACUUCUUCCCCCUCUUCUUGGAGCACCUGUUGUCAGAUCACAUCUCCCUCUCCACGGGCUCCAUCUUGUUGGGCAUCUCCUAUGUUGCUCCCCAUCUCAACAACCUCUACUUCUUGCCUCUGUGCCGACGCUGGGGCGUCUACACUGUGGUGCAGGGGCUCUUCCUGCUCAAGCUGGGCCUUAGCCUGCUCAUGCUGCUCGCUGGCCCGGACCACCUCGGCUUGCUCUGCAUCUUCAUUGCCAGCAACCGUGUCUUCACUGAGGGCACCUGUAAGCUGCUGACCUUGGUGGUCACUGACCUGGUGGACGAGGACCUGGUGCUGAACCACCGCAGGCAGGCGGCCUCGGCACUCCUCUUUGGCAUGGUUGCCCUUGUGACCAAGCCAGGCCAGACCUUUGCCCCGUUGCUGGGCACCUGGCUGCUCUGCUUCUACACAGGUCAUGACCUCUUCCAGCAGCCCCCGAUGACGCCUAUAGGGAGUGCCCAGCCCUGGCCAGAGCCCCCAGCCCCUGCUCCUGCACAGGCCCCAACGCUCCGCCAGGGCUGCUUCUAUCUGCUGGUGCUGGUACCCAUCACCUGUGCUCUGCUGCAGCUCUUCACCUGGUCCCAGUUCACACUGCACGGGAGACGCCUGCACGUGGUCAAGGCCCAGCGCCAGAACUUGUUACAGGCCCAAACCUUGGACGUUAAGAUGGUGUGAGCAGGCCAGGUGCGGUGGCUCACGCCUGUAAUGCUAGCACUCUGGGAGGCUGAGGUGGGUGGAUUGCCUGAGCUCAGAAGUUGGACACCAGCCUGAGCAAGAGUGAGACCCCUAAAAAUAGCCAGGCAUUGUAGCACGCACCUGUAGUCCCAACAACUUGGCUGAGGGAAGAGAAUUGCUUGAGCCUAAGAGUUUAAGGUGGCUGUGAGCUAUUACACCGCACAUGCUACCAAGGUGGCUGAGGCAAGAGAAUCACGUAAAGCCCAAGAGCUGGAGGUUGCUGUGAGCUGACAAGGGUGACAAAGUGAGACUGUCUCAAAAAAAAAAAAAAAAAAAAAAAUAUAUAUAUAUAUGUAGUGUGAGGUGCAGCAAGUCCACUCUACUGAGGACACUGCCUGAAUCCCAGGGCAGAAACAACUUUGACCAGUGUCCUGCUCCUCCAUAUUCCUCAGGUACAGCCUGGGGGACAGAUGGCAGUGUGGAUGCUCCUGGGGCUGAGCCACAAGUAUCACUGAGGCCUAAGCCCCUGCUUAGCUGUUUAUACAGCUUGGGCAAGGGCUGAGCCAAAUGUGCUCAGGGACCUGCUUCCCUUGUGAGGCAGGAGAAAAGAGAGGACCAAGAAGGGAUGGGGCUGCCCUGUAGUGCACACGGGGUUGCCGUGGGGCUUGGAGGCCCAGUACCUGGCUGGAGCUGGCCUCUCUGGUGGGCUCAGGAACCACUUUUGAUACUUCAACUGCUCCCUUUUACCCAAACAGGGAAACUAUCAGUCCCACAGCCCCCUCCUUCCACCCUUUCAGUGAUUCCCUGAGAGGGUUCUCUGCUUCAGGCUGUGCUUGAAGUGGCACACCUCCCCUGCUGUGGGGCUCCUCCAACCCACCAGGCCUCUAGAGCUGGAUUUCGUUGCAGACUUAUUAAAGUCAUUCAUUCCUAUUUCUCAGAUCUG